AGCUGGGCGCCACCUUUUUCGCUUGAUACUGUGAGCAGAUUUCGGUUAUCUGGUAGGCCAACUGUGCUGACCUGGAUAAACGAACAUCGCAUUGCCCUACUCACGAGAGAAAAAAAGCACUUACAUACACAAACACACACACACACAGAAAACAGAGACGUUUCCUGCGAUCCAAACACUCAACAUUGUGGCUCCGCUGUGAUAACAGUUCUUAACGAAAACUUGAUUCGCUUGUUGUUUCUUUUCGUUAGUGGUGUAGCUAGAACGCUGUGUUCCUUUUGUUAAAUCGCUCUUGGAGUUGAUUUCUUUUGGUAGGUAAGUUGUUGAGUUGACAUCAAUGUAUCUGUUAAAUGCUUUGAACUUAUCGUGUUAAAUAAUUGGGGAAAUGUUGUAGUUUUUAAGUUGUUACGUGCUAGUAAGUGGUUCUUAUCUGGGUUUUUUUUUUUUUGUUUUUUUUUGAUAAUUAUUAGUUGCUGGGAUGAAUUCUAUUGAAAUUGUCGACCUUUAUAUGGAUGUAAGCCAGUUUAACAUAGCGUUCCAAGUCUUUAAAAAUAGUGGAUUUUGACAAAUAAAUAAAUCGUUAUAUUAAUAAAUGUGGACAACGGAGACUAAGACUUUGGCUUAUAAUAAGGAGAGGCCUAUUUUCAAAACAAUACCACAUUUUUAAUCGAAUGGUGUAAGCCUGUGACAGCGUCUGACUUAAAUAUACGGAUCGUCAAAGGUAUCGAACGUAGCGAUAUUUGAUUGUAUCCACUAACUGUUAUCGUUGAAAGGGACAUGUUACUAAUUUUUUUUUAAAUGUUAUAAAUUAUAAUUUCGGCCGAAACAGAACAGUUAAGUUUCAGGGGGUUUUUUUCUGGCCAGCUUUCCGUUUAUUUUCGGUUUCGGCCGAAAGAAAUUGUGGCUUUAGGUUGUCUACCAGAAGUAAGACUAUGUCUGUCUGUAGGUCAACAAUCCGAUAUUCAUUAUUGCUCGACAUCUUGUUAUCAUAGUAAGUAUGAUAUAGGAAUAAUCCUCUACGAACUUUGCUCACAGCUGCAUGAUGACCUUCUUGUUAUAACAUGUCCAAAAAUAAAAUUUCAAUCAGGCUUAGGCUAAUUGUAAAUAGUUUUGAGGACAAAACUGAUGGGAAUGGUAAUAUUUUUAUCAUUAUUUUUGUCUGAAUAUUUUCAAAAGAUACAAUUUGAGAACCCAGGUUUGCUCAGCCCAUGCAUUUGUGACAUUCAUUUUGUUUUAUCAAUACCAUGCUCAUCAAUGUUGUCAUUGGUAAAGGUGAAUAAUAUUGUGGAAAAUAAAUCAUUGGGAAUGGUAAGAUUGACAGAACUUAAAUCAGAGUUGAAAAAAUCAUCUUUUGGAAAUACCAUUUUUUUAAAAUAAAAAUUAGGGAGCUUCAGGAUUGUGCACUUGAUUCAUUGAUUAAGAUUCCUAAUGAUCGUGCUGAUCAACAAUGGCCAUUGGUGGGGAUUAGAAUAAUGGCGGGUAAAAGAAACAUUUCAAUUUAGACCAUUAAGAAAGUGUGUUUCAAAAAAAAUAUAUGGUUUAGCGGAGCAAACAAUUCGUCAAGCUGUAUGUCUGCAGGUUGUAGUGGGCCAUGCCUCAAGGUUUAUGCCUGCAGGUUGUAGUGGGCCAUGCCUCAAGGUUUAUGCCUGCAGGUUGUAGUGGGCCAUGCCUCAAGGUUUAUGCCUGCAGGUUGUAGUGGGCCAUGCCUCAAGGUUUAUGCCUGCAGGUUGUAGUGGGCCAUGCCUCAAGGUUUAUGCCUGCAGGUUGUAGUGGGCCAUGCCUCAAGGUUUAUGCCUGCAGGUUGUAGUGGGCCAUGCCUCAAGGUUUAUGCCUGCAGGUUGUAGUGGGCCAUGCCUCAAGGUUUAUGCCUGCAGGUUGUAGUGGGCCAUGCCUCAAGGUUUAUGCCUGCAGGUUGUAGUGGGCCAUGCCUCAAGGUUUGUGCCUGCAGGUUGUAGUGGGCCAUGCCGAUAACACAUCCAUGGGAUCAAUACUAAAUAUGUCUAAGGCAGCGUUAUAAUUAUUUUAUAAAUGCAAAGGGCAUCCAAGGUUUCAUUUUUGCAUGUAUUUUGUCCCUCUUCCUCAAGUCAAAUUCUUCUCUUAACAUGGUAUUUUAAAAACAUUUGAAAUUAAAAAGAUAAAAGCCGAAAUAUUCAUUAGAAGUAAAUCUAUUCCAAAAAACGCUCAACGUUUUACCCAUCCGUUUUUGGUGUACGUAUAACGUUUGCACGAACAAGUUUGAAAUAUCCAUCUGACUGGAGUCUCUCCCCUUUAUUACCCGUAGUAAACAGUGGCCCUCAUAGUGUGAAGAAAUAGGAAAUGAAACCAUAUGGCCCCAUACUAAGCUCAAAGUAUUUAAAAAUAGUAUUUUUGGGACUUAAUAGCGAUGGAAAGGGAGUUACGCCGCAUUGUUCGGAACGUAGUCCACGUGUUGUCAUUUAACUGGGUAUGUUGCACAAAAUAAUAUAACAAAAAGUAAAGCUAUUUUUAUAGUGCAGUAAUCAGGUGUACCUAGAUUUGCCUAAAGUAAUCGUAUCAUCAAAUAUAUUGAGCGUAGCGAUACUUUAUUGGUUCGACUAUUUUUUGUUGUUUUUUGUGCCCCUCUGUAUUCAAAGUUGACACAUAGUUGUUGUUUUCCCUUUUUAACAGUUCUUUCUCCAGAGCCUCAAACCAUUGGUUAAUUUACGAACAGCCCGGAAAUCGUUGUAAAUGACUUGUCCAUAAAAUUCCGUUAAAACUUUGACGGUUGUCCGUACGGACAAAAAAAUUGAUGUUUAGUUUAAGCCUUUUGAAGCCAAAUGAAACUGGACGUCGUUUCGGGGGUGGGGGUGGGAGAGGGGGGGUUCUCUAGAUAAAUUCAUAAGAUCAUACCGGGGGGGGGGGAUAUUUCUCUCGAUAAAUUCAUAAGAUCAUGCAGGGGGAGGGGGGGGGUAUUCCCUCGAUAAAUUCAUAAGAUCAUACCAGGGGGGGGGGGGGGAUUUCUCUCGAUAAAUUCAUAUGAUCAUGCAGGGGGGAGGGGGGUAUUUCUCUCGAUAAAUUCAUAAGAUCAUACCAGGGGGAGGGGGGUAUUCUCUCGAUAAAUUCAUAAGAUCAUACCAGGGGGGAGGGGGGUAUUCUCUCGAUAAAUGCAUAAGAUCAUACCUGAAAAAAAUUAAACACAGAUUAAAAUGUCAUACAAUAAAAUUAUUCUACAUCUACGAAUUUGCUGUCUGUUAUAUUCUUAAGAGAUAUAGCCACGCGACGCGUGUAUUCUAAAAUGGUUUUGCCUCCAUGGUCAUGAACAGAUUUACUUUCAAAAAUGUGUCGGUGAUAUUAUUUUUAACCGAAAAAAAAAACAUAUUAAGAAUUAAAAUAUUAGUCAGUAAAUUUCGUUUUUAUUAAGUUGGCAACCCUGUCUGUGGCUACUUAGAUAUAUGUGGCUACUUAGAUAUAUAUGGCUACUUAGAUAUCUAUGGCUAAUUAGAUAUCUGUUGGCUACUUAGAUAUCUGUGGCUACUUAGAUAUCUAUGGCUACUUAGGUAUCUGGGGCUACUUAGAUAUCUGUGGCUACUUAGAUAUCUGUGGCUACAUAGAUACCUGGGGCUACUUAGAUAUCUGUUGGCUACUGGGGCUACUUAGAUAUAUGUGGCUACUUAGAUAUCUGUGGCUACUUAGAUAUCUGUGGCUCCUUAAAAAACCAGAAGACGGACAUUUAACAAAAAUCAAGAUGGCAGAAAGAAGGCGUCGGAAAAAAGGCGGCAAUCCGGUACAUAAUGAGGGGUGGACUCUUCGGUAUAUUUUAUGAUCUUUUGAAAGCUUUUAUUCUAAGUGCAUUCCGUCGGCCUUUUUGUGUUUCGUUAUAAGGCGCGAUAAAAUCAAGAUGCGCCCCAGCUUUAAAAACAGAGACUUUUUUUCCACUGCGGUAUAAAUGUGUACGCUUUCAUAAGCGCACCGGCCUAUCAUAAGUACACAUUUCCAAAACGCUGGAAAUUGUGUGUGAACAUCGGGUCGCGUCAAUUUGCCGCCAUGACUCACCAGCGUCUACUUGACUCCACCAAUUUAGCUGGGUGCAGUCAGCUGCUGUCAUUAAGUCCAUUAUAUGUCAACUGUUUGAUCUACAAUGGGACGGAAUGACAUUUAUAUCUACAGACGGAAGUGUGUAUGGGGGGGGGGGUUGAUUUACUGUAUAUUUAAUAAAAAAUAAUAUAAUGCAAUCAGACGACGAUUGGGGGAGUGUUGGCUUGAUUAGGGGCAGUGAUAUUGGGAGGGAUAGGACACUUGAACAUACUUCUCAUAUGGGUAUUAUGACGCGAUUUACACCAAUAUGCGUUAAAAACUUUAGUUUUGGCUUUAUUCCUGCCAUUUUUUAAUGUAAUGAAACACAAAUCAUACAAUGUGGUGUCGGCGUCUAUUUUAAUUUUAAAAGUGUAAAUUGUAGUUUUUACGUCCACGGAAUUAUGGAAGUAUCACAUGUAAAGCACACUCCGGUAACACUUUUUGUCCCCUCAACCACCCCCUCAACCACCCCCUCAACCACCCCCUCAACCACCCCCUCAACCACCCCCUCAACCACCCUCUCAAACACCCCCUCAACCACCCUCCCCAGCUGCUGCAAUACAAAUUAUAUUUUUUAAAAAAUAUUUUUAAACAGUAAGCGCCGAUGGAAGAGGCGCACUUCGUUUUGAUGUACUUAGCAUUCUGUGCUCAGCAGGUUGCCUACUUCACAUUCUGUGCUCAACAGGUUGCCUACUUCACAUUCUGUGCCCAACAGGUUGCCUACUUCACAUUCUGUACCCAACAGGUUGCCUAUUUCACAUUCUGUGCCCAACCGGUUGCCUACUUCACAUUCUGUGCCCAACAGGUUGCCUUGCUUUGUAUACGAAUGAUAAGAGCGUGGUGUGGGAAAAAAACUUGUUACGAAUAAAAGACACUCAAAAAGACGGCCAUGAAAGCCGUCGUUAAAAAUAAAACAAGAAAAUUGAGCGGAAGGGUCCACGUAAAUGUCGGCAUCACCAACAUAUCUCAAAUGUCCUCGUAAUUGUCGGGAUCACCAACAUAUCUCAAAUGUCCUCGUAAAUGUCGGCAUCACCAACAUAUCUCAAAUGUCCUCGUAAAUGUCGGCAUCACCAACAUAUCUCAAAUGUCUUCGUAAAUGUCGGCAUCACCAACAUAUCUCAAAUGUCCUCGUAAAUGUCGGCAUCACCAACCUAUCUCAAAUGUCCUCGUAAAUGUCGGCAUCAACAACCUAUCUCAAAUGUCCUCGUAAUUGUCGGCAUCACCAUCCUAUCUCAAAUGUCUUCCUAAAUGUCGGCAUCACCAACCUAUCUCAAAUGUCCUCGUAAUUGUCGGCAUCACCAACCUAUCUCAAAUGUCUUCCUAAAUGUCGGCAUCACCAACCUAUCUCAAAUGUCCUCCUAAAUUUCUGCAUCAACAACCUAUCUCAAAUGUCCUCCUAAAUGUCGGCAUCACCAACCUAUCUCAAAUGUCCUCCUAAAUGUCGGCAUCACCAACCUAUCUCAAAUGUUUCCUUAAAUGCCUGCAUCAACAACCUAUCUCAAAUGUCCUCCUAAAUGACGUCAUCAACAACAUAUCUCAAAUGUCCUCGUAAUUGUCGGCAUCACCAACAUAUGUCAAAUGUCCUCGUAAUUGUCGGCAUCACCAACAUAUCUCAAAUGUCCUCGUAAUUGUCGGCAUCACCAACAUAUCUCAAAUGUCCUCGUAAUUGUCGGCAUCAACAACAUAUCUCAAAUAUCCUCCUAAAUGUCUGCAUCAACAACCUAUCUCAAAUGUCCUCCUAAAUGUCUGCAUCAACAACCUAUCUCAAAUGUCCUCCUAAAUGUCUGCAUCAACAACCUAUCUCAAAUGUCCUCCUAAAUGUCUGUAUCAACAACCUAUCUCAAAUGUCCUCCUGAAUGUCUGCAUCAACAACCUAUCUCAAAUGUCCUCCUAAAUGUCUGUAUCAACAACCUAUCUCAAAUGUCCUCCUAAAUGUCUGCAUCAACAACCUAUCUCAAAUGUCCUCCUAAAUGUCUGCAUCAAGAACAUAUCUCAAAUGUCCUCCUAAAUGUCUGCAUCAACAACCUAUCUCAAAUGUCCUCCUAAAUGACGUCAUCAACAACCUAUCUCAAAUGUCCUCCUAAAUGUCUGCAUCAACAACAUAUCUCAAAUGUCCUCGUAAAUGUCGGCAUCACCAACCUAUCUCAAAUGUUCCCUUAAAUGCCUGCAUCAACAGCCUAUCUCAAAUGUCCUCCUAAAUGACGUCAUCAACAACAUAUCUCAAAUGUCCUCGUAAUUGUCGGCAUCACCAACAUAUCUCAAAUGUCCUCGUAAUUGUCGGCAUCACCAACAUAUCUCAAAUGUCCUCGUAAUUGUCGGCAUCACCAACAUAUCUCAAAUGUCCUCCAAACUACCCACAUUAACACCCUAUCUCAAAUGUCCUACCAACUACCUACAUUAACACUAUGUCUGAAUUAUCUCCCUAACUCCCUACUUUAACACUAUGUCUGAAUUAUCUCCCCAACUCCCUACAUUAACACUAUGUCUGAAUUAUCUCCCCAACUCCCUACAUUAACACUAUGUCUGAAUUAUCUCCCUAACUCCCUACUUUAACACUAUGUCUGAAUUAUCUCCCCAACUCCCUACAUUAACACUAUGUCUGAAUUAUCUCCCUAACUCCCUACAUUAACACUAUGUCUGAAUUAUCUCCCUAACUCCCUACUUUAACACUGUGUCUGAAUUAUCUCCCGAACUCCCUACAUUAACACUAUGUCUGAAUUAUCUCCCUAACUCCCUACUUUAACACUAUGUCUGAAUUAUCUCCCCAACUCCCUACAUUAACACUAUGUCUGAAUUAUCUCCAUAACUCCCUAAAUUAACACUAUGUCUGAAUUAUCACCCUAACUCCCUACAUUAACACUAUGUCUGAAUUAUCUCCCCAACUCUCUACAUUAACACAAUGUCUGAAUUAUAUCCCUAACUCCCUACAUUAACACUAUGUCUGAAUUAUCUCCCUAACUCCCUACAUUAACACUAUGUCUGAAUUGCCUCCUCAACUCCCUACAUUAACACUAUGUCUGAAUUAUCUCCCCAACUCCCUAUAUUAACACUAUGUCUGAAUUAUCUCCCCAACUCCCUACAUUAACACUAUGUCUGAAUUAUCUCCCCAACUCCCUACAUCAACACUUUGUCUGAAUUAUCUGCCUAACUCCCUACAUUAACACUAUGUCUGAAUUAUCUCCCCAACUCUCUACAUUAACACAAUGUCUGAAUUAUAUCCCUAACUCCCUACAUUAACACUAUGUCUGAAUUGCCUCCUCAACUCCCUACAUUAACACUAUGUCUGAAUUAUCUCCCCAACUCCCUAUAUUAACACUAUGUCUGAAUUAUCUCCCUAACUCCCUACAUAAACACUAUGUCUGAAUUAUCUCCCUAACUCCCUACAUUAACACUAUGUCUGAAUUAUCUCCCCAAAUCCCUACAUUUACCCUAUGUCUGAAUUAUCUCCCCAGCUCCCUACAUUAACACUAUGUCUGAAUUAUCUCCCCAACUCCCUACAUUAACACUAUGUCUGAAUUAUCUCCCCAACUCCCUACAUCAACACUUUGUCUGAAUUAUCUCCCUAACUCCCUACAUUAACACUAUGUCUGAAUUAUCUCCCUAACUCCCUACAUUAACACUAUGUCUGAAUUAUCUCCCCAACUCCCUACAUUAACACUAUGUCUGAAUUAUCUUCCUAACUCCCUACAUCAACACUAUGUCUGAAUUAUCUCCCUAACUCCCUACAUCAACACUAUGUCUGAAUUAUCUCCCUAACUCCCUACUUUAACACUAUGUCUGAAUUAUCUCCCCAACUCCCUACAUUAACAUUAUGUCUGAAUUAUCUCCCCAACUCCCUACAUUAAUACUAUGUCUGAAUUAUCUCCCUAACUCCCUACUUUAACACUAUGUCUGAAUUAUCUCCCCAACUCCCUACAUUAACACUAUGUCUGAUUUAUCUCCCUAACUCCCUACAUUAACACUAUGUCUGAAUUAUCUCCCCAACUCCCUACAUUAACACUAUGUCUGAAUUAUCUCCCUAACUCCCUACAUUAACACUAUGUCUGAAUUAUCUCCCUAACUCCCUACAUCAACACUAUGUCUGAAUUAUCUCCCUAACUCCCUACUUUAACACUAUGUCUGAAUUAUCUCCCCAACUCCCUACAUUAACAUUAUGUCUGAAUUAUCUCCCCAACUCCCUACAUUAAUACUAUGUCUGAAUUAUCUCCCUAACUCCCUACUUUAACACUAUGUCUGAAUUAUCUCCCCAACUCCCUACAUUAACACUAUGUCUGAUUUAUCUCCCUAACUCCCUACAUUAACACUAUGUCUGAAUUAUCUCCCCAACUCCCUACAUUAACACUAUGUCUGAAUUAUCUCCCUAACUCCCUACAUUAACACUAUGUCUGAAUUAUCUCCUUAACUCCCUACAUUAACACUAUGUCUGAAUUAUCUCCCCAACUCCCUACAUUAACCCUAUGUCUGAAUUAUCUCCCUAGCUCCCUACUUUAACACUAUGUCUGAAUUAUCUCCCCAACUCCCUACAUUAACACUAUGUCUGAAUUAUCUCCAUAAUUCCCUAAUUUAACACUAUGUCUGAAUUAUCACCAUAACUCCCUACAUUAACAAUAUGUCUGAAUUAUCUCCCCAACUCCCUACAUUAAAACUAUGUCUGAAUUAUCUCCCCAACUCCCUACAUUAACACUAUGUCUGAAUUAUCUCCCUAACUCCCUACAUUAACACUAUGUCUGAAUUAUCUCCCUAACUCCCUACAUUAACACUAUGUCUGAAUUAUCUCCCUAACUCCCUACAUUAACACUAUGUCUGAAUUAUCUCCCUAACUCCCUACAUUAACACUAUGUCUGAAUUAUCUCCCUAACUCCCUACAUUAACACUAUGUCUGAAUUAUCUCCCUAACUCCCUACAUUAACACUAUGUCUGAAUUAUCUCCCUAACUCCCUACAUUAACACUAUGUCUGAAUUAUCUCCCUAACUCCCUACAUUAACACUAUGUCUGAAUUAUCUCCCUAACUCCCUACAUUAACACUAUGUCUGAAUUAUCUCCCUAACUCCCUACAUUAACACUAUGUCUGAAUUAUCUCCCUAACUCCCUACAUUAACACUAUGUCUGAAUUAUCUCCCUAACUCCCUACAUUAACACUAUGUCUGAAUUAUCUCCCUAACUCCCUACAUUAACACUAUGUCUGAAUUAUCUCCCUAACUCCCUACAUUAACACUAUGUCUGAAUUAUCUCCCUAACUCCCUACAUUAACACUAUGUCUGAAUUAUCUCCCUAACUCCCUACAUUAACACUAUGUCUGAAUUAUCUCCCUAACUCCCUACAUUAACACUAUGUCUGAAUUAUCUCCCUAACUCCCUACAUUAACACUAUGUCUGAAUUAUCUCCCUAACUCCCUACAUUAACACUAUGUCUGAAUUAUCUCCCUAACUCCCUACAUUAACACUAUGUCUGAAUUAUCUCCCUAACUCCCUACAUUAACACUAUGUCUGAAUUAUCUCCCUAACUCCCUACAUUAACACUAUGUCUGAAUUAUCUCCCUAACUCCCUACAUUAACACUAUGUCUGAAUUAUCUCCCUAACUCCCUACAUUAACACUAUGUCUGAAUUAUCUCCCUAACUCCCUACAUUAACACUAUGUCUGAAUUAUCUCCCCAACUCCCUACAUUAACACUAUGUCUGAAUUAUCUUCCUAACUCCCUACAUCAACACUAUGUCUGAAAUAUCUCCCUAACUCCCUACAUCAACACUAUGUCUGAACUAUCUCCCUAACUCCCUACAUUAACACUAUGUCUGAAUUAUCUCCCUAACUCCCUACAUUAACACUAUGUCUGAAUGAUCUCCCCAACUCCGUACAUUAACACUCUGUCUGAAUUAUCUCCCCAACUCCCUACAUUAACACUAUGUCUGAAUUAUCUCCCCAACUCCCUACAUUAACACUAUGUCUGAAUUAUCUCCCCAACUCCCUACAUUAACACUAUGUCUGAAUUAUCUCCCUAACUCCCUACAUCAACACUAUGUCUGAAUUAUCUCCCUAACUCCCUACAUUAACACUAUGUCUGAAUUAUCUCCCCAACUCCCUACAUUAACACUAUGUCUGAAUUAUCUCCCUAACUCCCUACAUUAAAACUAUGUCUGAAUUAUCUCCCUAACUCCCUACAUCAACACUAUGUCUGAAUUAUCUCCCUAACUCCCUACUUUAACACUAUGUCUGAAUUAUCUCCCCAACUCCCUACAUUAACAUUAUGUCUGAAUUAUCUCCCCAACUCCCUACAUUAAUACUAUGUCUGAAUUAUCUCCCUAACUCCCUACUUUAACACUAUGUCUGAAUUAUCUCCCCAACUCCCUACAUUAACACUAUGUCUGAUUUAUCUCCCUAACUCCCUACAUUAACACUAUGUCUGAAUUAUCUCCCCAACUCCCUACAUUAACACUAUGUCUGAAUUAUCUCCCUAACUCCCUACAUUAACACUAUGUCUGAAUUAUCUCCUUAACUCCCUACAUUAACACUAUGUCUGAAUUAUCUCCCCAACUCACUACAUUAACCCUAUGUCUGAAUUAUCUCCCGAGCUCCCUACAUUAACACUAUGUCUGAAUUAUCUCCCCAACUCCCUACAUUAACACUAUGUCUGAAUUAUCUCCCUAGCUCCCUACUUUAACACUAUGUCUGAAUUAUCUCCCCAACUCCCUACAUUAACACUAUGUCUGAAUUAUCUCCAUAACUCCCUAAAUUAACACUAUGUCUGAAUUAUCACCAUAACUCCCUACAUUAACAAUAUGUCUGAAUUAUCUCCCCAACUCCCUACAUUAAAACUAUGUCUGAAUUAUCUCCCCAACUCCCUACAUUAACACUAUGUCUGAAUUAUCUCCCCAACUCCCUAUAUUAACACUAUGUCUGAAUUAUCUCCCUAACUCCCUACAUCAACACUAUGUAUGAAUUAUCUCCCUAACUCCCUACUUUAACACCAUGUCUGAAUUAUCUCCCCAACUCCCUACAUUAACACUAUGUCUGAAUUAUCUCCCCAACUCCCUACAUUAACACUAUGUCUGAAUUAUCUCCCUAACUCCCUACUUUAACACUAUGUCUGAAUUAUCUCCCCAACUCCCUACAUUAACACUAUGUCUGAAUUAUCUCCCCAACUCCCUACAUCAACACUUUGUCUGAAUUAUCUGCCUAACUCCCUACAUUAACACUAUGUCUGAAUUAUCUCCCCAACUCUCUACAUUAACACAAUGUCUGAAUUAUAUCCCUAACUCCCUACAUUAACACUAUGUCUGAAUUAUCUCCCUAACUCCCUACAUUAACACUAUGUCUGAAUUGCCUCCUCAACUCCCUACAUUAACACUAUGUCUGAAUUAUCUCCCCAACUCCCUAUAUUAACACUAUGUCUGAAUUAUCUCCCCAACUCCCUACAUUAACACUAUGUCUGAAUUAUCUCCCCAACUCCCUACAUCAACACUUUGUCUGAAUUAUCUGCCUAACUCCCUACAUUAACACUAUGUCUGAAUUAUCUCCCCAACUCUCUACAUUAACACAAUGUCUGAAUUAUAUCCCUAACUCCCUACAUUAACACUAUGUCUGAAUUGCCUCCUCAACUCCCUACAUUAACACUAUGUCUGAAUUAUCUCCCCAACUCCCUAUAUUAACACUAUGUCUGAAUUAUCUCCCUAACUCCCUACAUAAACACUAUGUCUGAAUUAUCUCCCUAACUCCCUACAUUAACACUAUGUCUGAAUUAUCUCCCCAAAUCCCUACAUUUACCCUAUGUCUGAAUUAUCUCCCCAGCUCCCUACAUUAACACUAUGUCUGAAUUAUCUCCCCAACUCCCUACAUUAACACUAUGUCUGAAUUAUCUCCCCAACUCCCUACAUCAACACUUUGUCUGAAUUAUCUCCCUAACUCCCUACAUUAACACUAUGUCUGAAUUAUCUCCCUAACUCCCUACAUUAACACUAUGUCUGAAUUAUCUCCCCAACUCCCUACAUUAACACUAUGUCUGAAUUAUCUCCCUAACUCCCUACAUCAACACUAUGUCUGAAUUAUCUCCCUAACUCCCUACUUUAACACUAUGUCUGAAUUAUCUCCCCAACUCCCUACAUUAACAUUAUGUCUGAAUUAUCUCCCCAACUCCCUACAUUAAUACUAUGUCUGAAUUAUCUCCCUAACUCCCUACUUUAACACUAUGUCUGAAUUAUCUCCCCAACUCCCUACAUUAACACUAUGUCUGAUUUAUCUCCCUAACUCCCUACAUUAACACUAUGUCUGAAUUAUCUCCCCAACUCCCUACAUUAACACUAUGUCUGAAUUAUCUCCCUAACUCCCUACAUUAACACUAUGUCUGAAUUAUCUCCUUAACUCCCUACAUUAACACUAUGUCUGAAUUAUCUCCCCAACUCCCUACAUUAACCCUAUGUCUGAAUUAUCUCCCUAGCUCCCUACAUUAACACUAUGUCUGAAUUAUCUCCCCAACUCCCUACAUUAACACUAUGUCUGAAUUAUCUCCCCAACUCCCUACAUCAACACUAUGUCUGAAUUAUCUUCCUAACUCCCUACAUUAACACUAUGUCUGAAUUAUCUCCCUAACUCCCUACAUCAACACUAUGUCUGAAUUAUCUCCCCAACUCCCAACAUUAACACUAUGUCUGAAUUAUCUACCUAACUCCCUACAUUAACACUAUGUCUGAAUUAUCUCCCUAACUCCCUACAUCAACACUAUGUCUGAAUUAUCUCCCUAACUCCCUACAUCAACACUAUGUCUGAAUUAUCUCCCUAACUCCCUACAUUAACACUAUGUCUGAAUUAUCUCCCCAACUCCCUACAUUAACACUAUGUCUGAAUUAUCUCCCUAACUCCCUACAUUAACACUAUGUCUGAAUUAUCUCCCUAACUCCCUACAUUAACACUAUGUCUGAAUUAUCUCCCCAACUCCCUACAUUAACACUAUGUCUGAAUUAUCUCCCUAACUCCCUACAUUAACACUAUGUCUGAAUUAUCUUCCUAACUCCCUACAUUAACACUAUGUCUGAAUUAUCUCCCCAACUCCCUACAUUAACACUAUGUCUGAAUUAUAUCCCUAACUCCCUUCAUUAACACUAUGUCUGAAUUAUCUCCCUAACUCCCUUCAUUAACACUAUGUCUGAAUUAUCUCCCUAACUCCCUACAACAACUAUCUCAAAAAAUUGUCUUUUUACUUCUGUAAGGGCGUAUAACUCAGAGGUCUAAUAAUAAAUGUCAAAUUAUGUUGGUCCGUAUUCUCCAUCCACUAUCAUCCUCUUUUGGUCCGUAUUCUCCAUCCACUAUCAUCCUCUGUUUUUCCGUGUUUUCCAUCCGCUGUCAUCCUCUGUUUGUCCGUAUUCUCCAUCCACUAUCAUCCUCUUUUGGUCCGUAUUCUCUUUCGACUAUCCUCCUAUGUUGGUCCAUGUAUUAUUCUCCUGGAGAACUUUUCUCUCCCAUGUGUUUAGUAGGUUUUUCUGCCGGUUUUGUUAGGGUCCAAGUGUCAUUUACAUAGGCAACAACAAUAGAUUUCUUAUUUCUGUGAAUAAGCAUCAUUACAAAACGAUCUUUCCUUUCCCUCUUUACCCAUCAAUUUAGUUCACUUUAUAAUAGAAUUUACUAUUUCAGUUUCACAAUAUUUUGUUUUCAUAUUUAUCAGUAGCUUUUUAGUGAUUUUAAUUACGUAUGGCUUAAGCUACUCAGGACUGCAAUUACUGUCCAUAAUCGGUGCUAUGAUUCUGACACGAUUAAAAUGAGUAUUUUUUUUUUUACAAAUGUGAACCAAUGCCUAAUUGGUGGUGUUCAUUUUAUGACAAAUAUUUUUAUCAACGAAAACUUCAUGUUAGAUCUUUACUGACCCCUGUCGAACAAUGAAGACGUAAUGUUAGAGCUUUACUGGCCCGUGUCAAACAAUAAAGACGUCUUGUUAGAUCUUGACUGGCCCGUGUUGAAGCAUUAGUCAUUAGACGGUACCUUAUCUUAUUCAAUGACUCAUUUUACGUUACUUCAGCUGAUUUAACGAGUUCGUAUAUGGUUAUCAGCCAAUGGAACAGCUUAAAUAAGCGGGCACAAAAAACGAGUCUGAUUGGAGCAGAAUUUGUAGAAGACCUGAUGACCAAUCUGGAGAACCACAAGCAGACUGACGUGUUAGUAAUGGACUUCGCAAAAGCAUUUGACCGGGUGAAUCAUAGUUUGCUUCUACACAAACUCCAGAUAUAUGGGAUUCAAGGCACCACUAAAACAUGGAUCUCUAGCUUCCUCAGCCACCGACGCCAAGCAGUAGUGGUGGACGGUACAGGCUCCUCCUUUGUUGAUGUGAAGUCAGGGGUCCCCCAGGGAUCAGUGCUGUUCCCAGCAUACAUUAAUGACCUACCCGAGAAACUGACAUCACAAGCAAAACUGUUCGCAGAUGACACAGCAUGCAGUGUAUAGGAUGAUCGCCAACAGAUCUGACCAGGACCAGCUACAACAGGAUCUCAAUCUGUUAGCUGAGUGGGAGAUGAGCUGGGAAUGGAAUUUCACCCUGCCAAGUGCCAGACACUAUCAGUCUCUAGAAGUUGUACUCCUCUACACUACCAAUACGAACUGCAUGGCCUUAUACUUGAGCCAGUUUCCUCCGUAAAGUACCUGGGUGUUACCAUUCAAAGAGAGGUCCGCUGGGACGAGCAUAUUAACAAUGUAUGUAUCCAAGCAAACAAGACCCUUUGGGUUCUUAAGGAUAAAUCUUAAGAUUGGCAACUCCUGUGUGAAAGAAAGAGCAUAUAAAGCCUUUGUCCGUCCGGUUUUAGAUUAUGCAUCUUCAGUCUGGGACCCAUUUACCCAGAAGAGCAUUGACAGGUUGGAGGCGGUCCAGCGACGAGCAGCACGUUUUGUCCUAAACCGCUACAGGAAUACCUCUAGUGUUGGCAGCAUGCUAGAAACACUAGGCUGGUCAACAUUGGAGAAACGACGACGACAAUCCAGGCUCUCCAUGAUGUAAAAGCUUAAUUAUGGGCUGGUCCACUGUUCCAGUAUUAAACAGAAACUCGUCCCUCUCCCCAAUAGACAGCGACGAGGCCAUGACAGGCAAUUCAGGCUCAUACCAGCAAGAAGCCAGUAUAGGAGCUGCUCAUUCCUGCCAAAGACAAUCUGGGACUGGAACAAUCUUUCAAAAGGAACGGUUGAGGCGACAACACUAGACACAUGUGUGUCUAUUGCCUCAAGCCUUCAAACCCCUAGUGCAUGAUUACCUCACAGAGUGGCACUGGAAAUCUGUGAAAUUCCCUCAUCAACACCAGGAACAGAAACGUUGCAAAUCCCUUCUACAUGCAUAGGAGCCAAAAUGAUUAAUAAAUUGAUCGUGGGCCCUUAAGAUAUAGAAGAAGAAGAAGAAGAAAUAAAAUGUGUAAAAUGUGAUAUUAUUUAUGAUUAUUAUUAUUUUUAUUUAUUUUUUUUUUGCGAAUCUUUUGGAAUAGGACAGUUGGACACAUGGAGCGAAAAAUUAUUUCAAACAUACCGUGAGAUGAAACUAUGUACCAAAUGUCAUACCAGUAGGGUAUGUGUUGUCUAGGAGAGAAAUAUUCACGCUAAGAAGUUAAAGAAAGAAAUUUAAGCCAUACAACAACAAAAUACCCCCCAAACAAAAAACAAAAGAAAUACCUUACAUACAUAACAAAACCAAAAAAAUAUGUAGGCUUUUAAAUAAUGAUGACCGAUAAACGAAGCUGCUGGGUGGCGCCCAUGGCUUGACAUGUAAAUAGUUCUGGGCGGGGGGAUUAGACAUUUUUUUUUUAUAAAGCUGUUUUUUUAAAGUAAAUAAAUGUAUGUGACUUUUUAAAUGUUAUGUUUAUGAUUAGUGCAUCGCGGUGAGUGAGCCUAGCCCUCGGCUGGGGUACAUCGCUAUGUCAGAUCACUGGAAUAAAAAUAAUGAUAACAAUAAUAAUAAAUAUAGUGGUAAAACUCGUUUGUGCCAUGCCCUGAAGUUGAAAUGGAGGCUGCUAUCUCCACAGCCCAGGUUUGAACUCAUCCCGUGUCGUGGGAUGUUUAUUUGAAUGUAAACACCGGACAAGGUCAACUGGGCCUGAUAACGUACGGUUCUCUGCUGGAUGUCAAACUAAAUAAAAACAUCUUGUAGAUUGCCACUGCCAGGUUGUGUGCGUUUCAUUGGGCGCCACAAAUAGAAAAAGCAAGGGGGGGGGUGAGCAGGGUAUAGCAUUGGAUGACGUUAUCGGGCAAGGGAGGGAACAUUCCUUUCUGUGACGUAACAAAGUGUUGUAGAGAGAAACACUUCUUGGACUAGAAUUCUUGGAGUCGGAAUUAGUUUUCGUGUGUGUGACAGACAGAGAGUGUGUGAGAGUAUGUGUGUGAGUGUGUAUGUGUGUGUGUGUGUAAGUGUGAAGGGUGGGUCUUUUCAUGAAUUGGAGAGAGUACGUAAUGGAGGAGGUGAUUUGUGGAAGGGAGGGGGUAGAAGGGGGGCAUUAUUGGUUGACGUUGAAAAUAAAGGAACAGUAUUUAUUUCAGGUCAUCUCAUUAAUAUUUUAGGUAUGUACCCGCUACACAACGACCAGGUGUCUGGUGGUAAACUGAAAGAUUAGAGACGGCAUCACGCGUUGAAAUGACUGUGUGUAAGGUGGUUUUUAUGACUGUUGUCUCAAUCGGUGGCUGGCGAAGAGGAUUGUGCACUGGAUAGAGAAACAGUGCACUGCCCUACAGACUACGUCAUGAUAUCCAAUUCUGGAGGGGAAAAAAUAGAUGUUGCUUUAAAAAAAAAAAAAUAGGGACAUUAAUUUAGAUACCUAAUUUAAGUUCCACACCUUCCAUAAGGUACAUAACUCCAUCAAGUUACCAAUCUAAAAUUAGUUAUAUACCUAUGUUAGACUACAUAACUCCAUUAAGUUACAUUAUUAAAAUAAGUUACAUACCUAAAAUAAUUUACAUAUCUACAUUAAGUUACAUACCAAAAAUAAGUUACAUACCUGAUAUAAGUUACUUAACUACAUAAGGUUACACACCUACAUUAAGUUACAUACCUAAAAUAAGUUACAAACCUACAUUAAGUUACAUACCAACAUUAAGUUACAUACCAACAUUAAGUUACAAACCUACAUUAAGUUACAUACCAAAAUUAAGCUACAUACCUCCAUAAAUUUAAAUACCAACAUUAAGUUACAUACCUACAUUAAGUUACAUACCUACAUUAAAUUGCAUACCAAAAUAACUUACACAGCUACAUUAAGUUGCAUACCAAAAAUAAGUUACAUACCUACAUUAACUUACGUCCUGAUAUAAGUUACUUAACUACAUUAAGUUAUACCUACUUUAAUUUAAAUAACUGCAUUAAGUUACAUACCUACAUUAAGUUACAUACCUACAUUAAGUUGCAUAUUAAAAAUAAGUUAAAUACUUACAUUAAGUAACGUAUCUGAUUUAAGUUACGUAACUACAUUAAGUUAGACACACUUCAUUAGGUUACAUACAUACCUAAAAUAAGUUACAUACCUACAUUAAUGUAUAUACCUACAUUAAGUUACAUAGCUACACCAAGUUACAUACCUAUAUUAAGUUACAUAUCUUCAUUAAUUUACAUACCUACAUUAAGUUACAUACCUAAAAUAAGUUACAUACCUAAGAAAAGUUACAUAAAUACUUUAAGUUACAUACCUAAAAUAAGUUACAUACCAACAUUAAGUUACAUACCUAAAAUAAGCUACAUACCUAAGAUAAGUAACAUAACUACAUUAAGUUACAUACCUAAAAUAAUUUACAUACCUUCAUUAAAUUACAUACCUAAAAUAAGUUACAUACCUAAAAUAAGUUACAUACCUAAGAUAUGUUACAUACCUAAGAUAAGUUACAUACCUAAAAUAAGUUACAUACCUAAGAUUAGUUACAUACCUAAAAUAAGUUACAUACCUACAUUAAGUUACAUACCUAAAAUAAGUUACAUACCUAAGAUAAGUUGCAUAACUACAUUAAGGUACAUACCUAAAAUAAGUUACAUACCUACAUUAAGUUACAUACCUAAAAUAAGUUACAUACCUAAAAUAAGUUACAUACCUAAAAUAAGUUACAUACCUAAGAUAUGUUACAUACCUAAGAUAAGUUACAUACCUAAAAUAAGUUACAUACCUAAGAUAAGUUACAUACCUAAAAUAAGUUACAUACCUAAGAUAAGUUGCAUAACUACAUUAAGGUACAUACCUAAAAUAAGUUACAUACCUACAUUAAGUUACAUACCUAAAAUAAGUUACAUACCUAAAAUAAGUUACAUACCUACAUUAAGUUACAUAUCUAAAAUAAGUUACAUAAAUACAUUAAGUUACAUACCUAAAAUAAGUUACAUAAAUACAUUAAGUUACAUACCUAAAAUAAGUUACAUACCUAAAAUAAGUUACAUACCUAAAAUAAGUUACAUACCUAAAAUAAGUUACAUACCUACAUUAAGUUACAUACCUAAAAUAAGUUACAUACCUAAAUAAGUUACAUACCUACAUUAAGUUACAUACCUACAUUAAGGUACAUACCUACAAUAAGUUACAUAAAUACAUUAAGUUACAUACCUAAGAUAAGUUACAUACCUAAGAUAAGUUACUUACCUACAUUUAAGUACCUCCUUAAAAGUACAUUCGUAAAUAAAAUUGCAUUCCUACAAUGGUUAUAUAGAAACAUGAAUUCUAAUGCGUUAUAAGUGUGUCGCAAAGAUGUAUGUGUCUGUUUGAAGACGUUAAAAACAACAUUAUGUCAUGUCAUAAAAUUUAAAUAUGGAAUUACUUCUACGACCCGAAGCUCUUAUGGAUCCCCAAGGAAGCCAAUGUUGCGUGACCACCCGUCCGUAUCAAUAGGGGAGGUAAUACGAGGUCGCUACGCGGGGAUGUUUCACUCUAUCCCUCCCUCACUCUCUCCAUCUCUCUCUCACUCUCUCUGUCUUUCUCUCAAAAUGUCUCCCAUUUCCCUCCUCCCCUUUUCUGAAUGACGUGCAACUCCACGAACGACCAGAAACUGCCUCGGAACACCACAUUACCAUCCAUCCCAGACCAGUAAUACCAAUGAAAGCCCAAAUCCGAACUGCACCCGAUCAAACAUCUCCGCUUAGAUCACGCACUGCAAUUUAUUGGCUACGUUCUCUUCAAGCUGACCGGAGAUGUUUGGGGGGGGGGGCGGGGGGGUGGUGGAAAGGUUGAGGGGAUCGCAGUGGGAAUAAAAUAGCAGAAGCUAGAGACAUGGCUCUAGCUGUUUGGGCAGGUCUGUAACAAUUAGGCGUGAUUUAUUUUAGAACGAACGAUGGCACUCCCCACUCACCCCAUCUUUCUCUCAUGUAGCGAGUUUAUUUCAUGGACAUCCUACACGACAUUGGCCAACUAAACUAGGGGCUGUUCCGCUGAUGGACAUCCUACACGACAUUGGCCAACUAAAACUAGGGGCGGUUCCGCUGAUGGACAUCCUACACGACAUGGGCCAACUAAACUAGGGGCUGUUCCGCUGAUGGACAUCCUACACGACAUUGGCCAACUAAACUAGGGGCUGUUCCGCUGAUGGACAUCCUACACGACAUUGGCCAACUAAACUAGGGCCUGUUCCGCUGAUGGACAUCCUACACGACAUUGGCCAACUAAACUAGGGCUUGUUCCGCUGAUUGACAUCCUACAUGACAUUGGCCAACUAAACUAGGACCUGUUCCGCUGAUGGACAUCCUACACGACAUUGGCCAACUAAACUAGGGGAUGUUCCGCUGAUGGACAUCCUACACGACAUUGGCCAACUAAACUAGAGGCUGUUCCGCUGAUGGACAUCCUACACGACAUUGGCCAACUAAACUAAGGCCUGUUCCACUGACGAACAUCCUACACGACAUUGGCCAACUAAACUAGGGCCUGUUCCGCUGAUGGACAUCCUACACGACAUUGGCCAACUAAACUAGGGGCUGUUCCGCUGAUGGACAUCCUACACGACAUUGGCCAACUAAACUAGGGCCUGUUCCGCUGAUGGACAUCCUACACGACAUUGGCCAACUAAACUAGGGGCUGUUCCGCUGAUGGACAUCCUACACGACAUUGGCCAACUAAACUAGGGCCUGUUCCGCUGAUGGACAUCCUACACGACAUUGGCCAACUAAACUAGGGGCUGUUCCGCUGAUGGACAUCCUACACGACAUUGGCCAACUAAACUAGGGGCUGUUCUGCUGAUGGACAUCCUACACGACAUUGGCCAACUAAACUAGGGGCUGUUCCGCUGAUGGACAUCCUACACGACAUUGGCCAACUAAACUAGGGGCUGUUCCACUGAUGGACAUCCUACACGACAUUGGCCAACUAAACUAGGGGCUGUUCCGCUGUAAAGUAAGGGGCUUGUCUACGAAAGGGCGUGGCGGGUGUAGAUUUAGCAUGUCCGUUGUCCUGUCCCGUUUUCGGGCUUUGAUCUGUUGCGUUCUCUGCGGUUUGCUGUUUCUCCCCUUGUCGCAAUCCAGCUAAACAAUGCAUUGAACAAGUCGAUGUAUGCUGAGGUACAAUCCAGCUAAACAAUGCAUUGAACCAGUCGAUGAAUGCUGAGGUACAAUCCAGCAAAACAAUGCAUUGAACCAGUCGAGGAAUGCUGAGGUACAAUCCAGCUAAACAAUGCAUUGAACCAGUCGAUGAAUGCUGAGGUACAAUCCAGCUAAACAAUGCAUUGAACCAGUCGAUGAAUGCUGAGGUACAAUCCAGCUAAACAAUGCAUUGAACAAGUCGAUGAAUGCUGAGAUACAAUCCAGCUAAACAAUGCAUUGAACCAGUCGAUGAAUGCUGAGGUACAAUCCAGCUAAACAAUGCAUUGAACCAGUCGAUGAAAGCUGAGGUAGAAUCCAGUUAAACAAUGCAUUGAACCAGUCGAUGAAUGCUGAGGUACAAUCCAGCUGAACAAUGCAUUGAACCAGUCGAUGAAUGCUGAGGUACAAUCCAGCUAAACAAUGCAUUGAACCAGUCGAUGAAUGCUGAGGUACAAUCCAGCUAAACAAUGCAUUGAACCAGUCGAUGAAUGCUGAGGUACAAUCCAGCUAAACAAUGCAUUGAACCAGUCGAGGAAUGCUGAGGUACAAUCCAGCUAAACAAUGCAUUGAACCAGUCGAUGAAAGCUGAGGUAGAAUCCAGUUAAACAAUGCAUUGAACCAGUCGAUGAAUGCUGAGGUACAAUCCAGCUGAACAAUGCAUUGAACCAGUCGAUGAAUGCUGAGGUACAAUCCAGCUAAACAAUGCAUUGAACCAGUCGAUGAAUGCUGAGGUACAAUCCAGCUAAACAAUGCAUUGAACCAGUCGAUGAAUGCUGAGGUACAAUCCAGCUAAACAAUGCAUUGAACCAGUCGAUGAAUGAGAAAAACGAAGAUGACUUAAUAUUAUGACUGAUUAAGGACACAUAGAUUCAUUCCAUAAAAUAUGUGACGCUCUUUUCUGACAACUUUAGCCCCGCCCUGCCCCCGAUACAAUCUGUCGCAUAUAUCAGCUCCCCUCCCCACCCUCCCCAUAAAGUUCUACCUCCCUUUCGAAAUAAUAAAUUGUUAACAAAUUAUAGAGCCAGAUGAAAUUUUAUCUAAACCAUACUACUCAAUGAAAGUACUAAAUAAUAAAGUGACAUCUUCUGUCGGAAUGCAUCUUUCAGAAAGAUCAACAUCACUGUCAAUUUCAGGUAUAAAUGUAUGAUAAAUAAAACUAAUGUGUGACGUCACACAAGAUCUCCCCUCCCCCUCUCCGCAUCAGAAACUGGCACACUUUCUUAGACCCCUCCCACACUCUCCGAAGCGUGACGUACCUUAUUUUUUCCCAAUGAUCCAAUAUGGCAGUCAUCCCUGAUUAAGUUAUUACUUUUUUUCUACAUUUUAAAUUUUCUCCCCCAGUUUUUAGUACAACAUGACAUUGAAGUAAUCAUUUUUCUUAAUUAUUGCCCGUCCUCUUAGUCUCCGUCUCUCUUCCUCUAUCUGUCUCUCUCACUCACCCUUUCUUUCUUUGCUCUCUUCCUCUUCGUUCACUUUGAUUCAUUUUCUUUCUGUCCUUGAAUUUUAUGGAUGGUCACAGAAAAAACAAGUCUCAAUGGGAACUGUUUUCGUCUUUAUACAAAUGGAAGGUCAGGGUCACUAGGUGCAAGGAUUACUCUUGGAAUAAAUACCCCUGGUACCUUUCAAAGAUCCGGUCAGGAUUUUACUAUCAGUGGCUUUUGACAUCAUAUGCUUAAAGAUUAGAGAUUACGUUUAAACCAAGACAGAAGUUUGCAAUUGUGGCUUUUUGUAGUAAAGCUUCGGAGUCUUUGCCUGGCAUAAACCACUUGGUACGUUUGUCCUCCGGGUGGAAAUUUAAUCAAUCUUUGCAAAUGAUUAGUUUGGUUAUGAAUUCCGUGAGCUUUCAGUAUGCUUCAGAUGCACUAAAAUAUCCAGUUUCCAAGUAAUUUUUUUUUACUUCAUUUAAAGGUACUUUCUAUUCUGUGGUAACAGUAACUAAUUGUUUAAAUGCACAGUCAUGAUCCAUUGACAUAUUUGAUGAGGUUAUUAUCGCUUUGAAUUGGCCUACACAUCUCUAUACUAUGUCUAUGUGGGCAUUGUAUUUCAGAGAUAGAUAUCUCUGUUUUUAAAAUCAAUGAUUUGCGCUCCUGGUUUGAAUUCAGAGUUAACCUUUUCUUAGAUGGUUAGCCUUCCAAGGCUUACGGGUUCCAUCCAUCGGGGGGUGCUUGACUGGGCUUAGACUCCAGGCCACCAACUUAAUUCAAAAGGCUCCCUACCUCCGAUUUGCCGAGUUUAUUGGUCACACAGCACCAUGUGUGGAACCACCCAUCUGUUAUUUACUUUGUUUUCCCCACAAAGUUACCGUCAUCACUGCCUUGAUAUUAUUGAUAUUGCUGAUAUUAUUGAUAUUGCUGAUAUUGCUGAUAUUAUUGAUAUUGCUGAUAUUGCUGAUAUUAUUGAUAUUAUUGAUAUUGCUGAUAUUAUUGAUAUUGCUGAUAUUGCUGAUAUUAUUGAUAUUAUUGAUAUUGCUGAUAUUAUUGAUAUUGCUGAUAUUGCUGAUAUUAUUGAUAUUGCUGAUAUUAUUGAUAUUGCUGAUAUUGCUGAUAUUAUUGAUAUUGCUGAUAUUGCUGAUAUUAUUGAUAUUGCUGAUGGUCUCGGUACAGAAACCUUAUUUUUAAUGCAUUUGCCCUUUUCUAUACAUGAUACAUGGGAUGUAUCAUACAGGAUUUAAUAGACCACAUGGAUAAUGUAGCAUACAGGAUUCAAUCUACCACAUGGAUAGUGUAGCAUACAGGAUUUAAUAGACCACAUGGGAUGGUGUGGCAUACAGGAUUUAACAGACCACAUGGGAUGGUGUAUCAUACAGGAUUUAAUAGACCACAUGGUAUGGUGUAGCAUAAAGAAUGAUACUAUUUCGUGAGGCUUCGGGAGGGCAUCUUUAUCAGAGAGUUCUGCACAGAAAAUGUUUUCCUUCUUUCAUCCUCCCAGACUUUGUCUGCCUAGGUUUUAUUCUUUCAUCCUGCCAGACUUUUGUCUACCUUGGUUUUCCUUCUUUCAUUCUUCCAGAUUUUUGUCUUCCUGGGUUUUCCUUCUUUCAUCCUCCCAGACGUUUGGUUAAGUUGCAAUUUCACUGAUUUCAUUCCAUUUAGGAUUACAUGUGAAUGUUACAAAUAAGUCAGGUUUUCCAUAUUUCCUGAUCAUCGAUACAGAAUUUUGAGCCAUAAUUCUUGGACUCCUGAUGAAGGUUGAAGUUAAUAUAACUUUCUUUUGCAGGCAAGAUGUUAACUUCAAAAUUGUGGUUGUUCACAAAUAGGUGACUGACGCUAUAGUCUUCAUCUCAUUUUGUGUUUUGAUUUUUUAAAACCAAUUCAAAAGGUUUGCUUGGGUCUCACAAUAUAUAUAUAUAAAAUUACUUGGUGAGUCAGCUUUACUGCGUUGAGAAAUUGGUUAAAGUUUCCAUCAAAAAUUGGAAAUGGUUUAAAUACAAUUGAAGCUGGGACAUAUUUCCUUGACAAACAGAUUUCUUCAGAUCUGUGGUCAACAAGGAAUACCCAUAUUGAAAAAUCAAAGUUAAGCACAUUGAAUCAGAGUUUACUCAGGAUGGAUAUAUUUGGUAUAUUUUUACUUUUUGGGUGACUUGUAAUGUCCCAAAUUUCUGGAGGUGCUCCAUCAGCAUGGUGAAAACUUGCAGCAAUGUCAUCUAUGGCUGUUGGAACGUUGGUUCUGCCGGACUGCACAUUAUUUACUCUUCCUUUCAAGAAUGUCAUGCUAUAUUCAAUUGGUAUUUGGUUCUCCCAAAGUUUCUUUUGCAUUUCAUCAUGUUCAACAUUUAGAAUGUUCUUUUAUUCUCUAGAGUAUGGACUGGUCUCACCAAAAAGUUUUUGAAGCCUCUCGACACGAAUGCAUCCAUUUUGUUUGCCUGAUUCUUCAUUCUUUCAGUCAAGGCUUUGGCUGACUCCACAAUGUAAAGUUGGUUAUACUUUUGUGAUUCACCUUGAUUUGAGUGUAAUGCAAAUGUAUGAUAAAUUUGCCCAUGGAUUCUGUAACAAAAAGGACCUGGUUUGGUUAUUGACUGAUCAUCUUGUGCCACCAAUGAUUUAAAGGCCAUUGCCCUUUUGUAGGUACUUAUUUGUCCAUUAACUUUUUUGAAUUGGGAUCAGAUCCAUUCAUUUUAAUGUUAAUGAAGUGAUGCUUUCAUGUUUCUUUUAAGUGUAAUAAUCACUUUAUGGCAGCCUUUGACAUUAAGUCAUUUUUUUCAAAUGCUUGGCGUUGCAAAAUGUACAUUUAGCGUCCACUGGGCCAAGACAACUUUUUUCAAUUUCGUUUUGAUUGAAGUUUUUUGGAAAGCUAAGUGGUGUAGCUGGGUCGAGCAUAUAUACUCAGAAUAUGGCGUGCAACCCUUUUGUCUUUCAGCUGUUUUUGAAGUUGAUUUUCUUGCAUAUUUUCUCUGCGUUGCCGUUGACUUACAGUAUUAGCUUCACGUCAUUCUUCAGUCUUUUCUUCUGACAUGGCCGCUCUACGAUGUCUUCGAGCUUCCUUAUAACAUGCUUUUUUAGCUGCAACUACUUCAGUAGAUUGUGGUUGCUGGCGUUUAGAAGGCAUACAGGUUUGUUUUGUUGUUUUUUUUACAUUUAACCUCACAUUUUUCGGAAUUUUUGACAAAAUGUUAUGAACUCCUAUUACCUUACUGUAAAGGGUUACACAUUCUCGUCACAAUUAAUAGCAAUCAUCAACAACGCCAACACGCUCGUCCUACACUGUCAGAGACCUUGGCUUCUAUACUGACAGUAAACUUACAAUGAUUCCUCAUAUCAGUUCUGUGGUCAGGGCUUGCUUCUGUCAUCUACGCGCCCUGGGUCAGCUGCGUCCUCAAAUUAAUAAAAGAACAGCCAAUGCCGUACCACUCUAUUCCAGUCAAAAUUAUAUUACUGUAACAUUAAUUUGUUUGUGGGGUUUACCCCAAAAUUAAAAUUUAGAGUCUCCAGAAAGUACAAAAGACUGCAGAAUGCAUUGUAUCGCGGAGAAAGAAAUCUGACCACAUCACCCCAGCUCUUUAAGAUCUCCAUUAGCUUCCUGAGAGGGAGCGCAAUAACGACAAAAGUAUGUCCCUGACGUACACUUGUAUGGAAGGCUCUGCACCGGAAUAUCCUGCACCGCAAUAUCUUAAAGAACUGAAUUCUAAACAUGUGUCCUUAAAGAACCUGCGCUCGUCAACACAGUCCUAACUGAAAGUUCCCAGUGUGGCUGGACACUGAAAGAAGUCAUACGGAGUGCGCUCCUUUGAAGCGAUAGCGCCAAAUUUAUGGAACAGUUUGCCUCAAUCUUUGAGGGGAAUUGAAAUAGGUGUUUCCAAGUGUUUCAAAACGUUCACCUCAAUACUAGCAAAUCGUCCAUGGCCAAUCCAAGUCCGUUUAAGAUAUUGCGCUAAUUGUCGUUUUUUUUUUUAAAUAACUCCUCCAUCUACUGGUGUCAUUCAACAGGUACACGACUGAGUUAUAACAUAUAUAUUUUUUUUUGUUGUUGCAACUAAAACACCUCCAUCUGCUGGUGUCAUUAAACAGGUGCACGACUGCUUGAUAAGAAACCUUUCGCUAACAGUUCAUAGGUUCUCAGUCGACAUCAGGCGCCAUGUGGACUCAGGUAGCACUGUUUGUGCUCAUCACGACCUUGACCGUUUGCCAUAUACAUGCGCAGUCGGUGUGUGGCUUCCCACCAACCAUUUGGGUGAGUCUUGUUAUUGUGUUGGGUUUUGUUUUUUUUAACAAAUAGUGGAACAAGAUAUGGUUUAGCCUUGAGACGAAAACACAGAUCAAUGAAAUAGACGUUUAGUAUAGCUACAUUUGUUCAGCAGAAAGGACAAAAUUAGAAAUAACACAUAUUUAAAAAUAUGAACAAAAGAUUUUUUUGGGUUCGAAGAUCUCAAUGCAGAUCGUAAACUAAAGCAAGCAAUCUUCCCCCCUCCACCCCCGCAGAUUAGAGAGUAAAUUAAUUGUGUAUUCUCUGUGACGUGAUGCUAAGAAACUAAUUUACACGAAAAUUUCUAUUACUAUACAUGUUGUCUGUGGGUUUCCAUGGUGACACACCAGCGUAGAAAUAGAAAAUUAUUAUUAAACACUGCGUUAAAAAAAAAAAUCUCCGAAAUUUUAUGACGAAUCCUUUAACUUAAACCUGAUUAUAGGUUGGGAAAUGACAAUUUGUCACUGUGUUGCUUUUAUACCUUUCAUUUGAUCUUUCUGAUUCUAAUAAAUAUUGUGUUCUUUUGUAGUUAGUAUUAAAUAUUUUCUUCUUAAAUAUGAAUUUUCAAUUGAACUUUUAAAAGUGUAGAUUCAUAAUUCACACUUUAUUGUGUUACGCAAAGCUAUAAUGUAGAGAAUUUAGUCUCUUAUUUGACUCUAUGGCUCGUGUCAAACAUUCCUUAUUAAAGGACUAUACACAGUAAUAAAGAACGCUACCCAAAUUAGGUCUAAUUACAAAUAAUAAUUUAUUAGGUUAAGUUAAACUUACAAAAUAGAAUGAACCAAAACUAAGGCCAUUGACUUGCAGUACAGCAAUGACCAAGUACCGGUGCAAUCUUAAAAAAGGUGCACACACACACACAGAGUAAAUAUUGAUAUCCAAAUCGUAAUCACAAAACUCUGUCUCUCUCUCUUUGUCUCGUAUCGUAAUGGCAAUCUACCUAUGUCAAUCAGCUUAUUUAUAGUCUUUCUUAGAGACUUUUCCAGAAAGGGGUUACACAGUGUAUUCCUAUCUUGGUCAGUCUCGUAAGUUCUAAAGAAUUCCAUUUCGAAAGACUAUAAACUAUUUUUAUAUGUAUUCAAGUUCAAGCGAGAAAACAUAUAAUUAAGCCACGCCCUAUCGCGUUGCAAACCUUGGGGUCAUCCAAAGUUCAUGCAGGGGUUGCACGAGAAAACAUGACGUAAACACAAUUUAAAUAAGUCCAACUUCUACCGUAACUAUUCGAAUUGUAAUUAAAUGAUAAUACUUAAACUAGUGUUUCAUUCACAGAUCAAGUUAUUGCCUAAUAUCUAUAAUUCAAUAUUAAGUUCAAUUUUUCGUCUGUGAUGCAUGUAGGCAGUGAAUGAGGAAAAUACAAAAUGGCUUAUAUUAAUUAUCGAUUGCAUGAAUUUAGGUUACAAUUUUCUUUUCCCUUUAACUACAACCUACAGUAAUGUUAUAUAUUUAAUUUGAAUUGUUCCAACUAGAUCUAUAGAUAUUAAAUGUAAUGGCCAAGUGCAACAACAACAAAAUGUUCUUCUUUAUUUCAUCCAUUUCCACUGGUCGUUAACUGGAAAUUCAAACGUCUCCACAGAGAAAUGCGAACAGAACGUGCCCUGCCAGGGCCGUGUGUGGCGACGUGUUCACAACGAGACGGGACUGGAUGAACGGGACCACGUGCGCGGAGACCAGGGUCAUCAACAACUGCUUCUGUCCUGGCAACCUGGCGUGUCCUGUCAACAAUGACGCCCACCGCCUGUAUACCACGGCUCAGCAAAAGUAGGUGAUUACCCUCGUUGGUGUACUGGUCCUACGAAACAAUGGAUGGGAAAUAUACAGGAGAGGCGGCUUAUAAAGAAGAGUCCAGUUGGGAAGGUCUACCAUAGGCGGCACUUUUUUUUCCUUAAUAUUGGAGGGAUUAAUUUAUGCAAAGUGCAGAGGUUUUUCUUUUUCCUAAGAGUGCGGCAAUAAGUUUGAAAUGCCCCAGGCGGCACGAACCUUAGACUGCCCCAGGCGGCAAGAACCUUAGACUGCCCCAGGUGGCAAGAACCUUAGACUGCCCCAGGCGGCAAGAACCUUAGACUGCCCCAGGUGGCAAGAACCUUAGACUGCCCCAGGCGGCAAGAACCUUAGACUGCCCCAGGCGGCAAGAACCUUAGACUGCCCCAGGCGUAAAAAAGAAGCUUGAAUCUACAAGACAGCAAGAAGCUUAGACUGCCCCAGACGGCAAGAAGCUAAUUGCCCCAGGUGGCACUAGCCUAGCAACGCCAGUGCAUACACAUAGAUCAGGGGGACAUUAGGACCAAAGGACACACGUAGGUAAGGGAGAAAUUAGGACCGAAGGGCACACGUAGAUCAGGGAGAAAUUAGGACCAAAGGACACACGCAGGUAAGGGAGAAAUUAGGACCGAAGGACACACUUAGAUCAUGGAGAUAAUAGGAUUGGAGGAAACACAAAGAUCAGAAAGACAGAACUGAAGACCACGCGUAGAUAAGGGAGACAUAAGAUUUAAUCGAAUGUGUAUGAAGAAAUUAUCCUAAAUUUGCUUUAAAUGAAAGAGCCAAAAACAUUUUGAUAUAAUAAAUGUAAGUCUUAAAGAGAAAGCUUUAUUCUGUAAGUUGUAAGCUGGAGGGACUAAUAAAAUUACAGAAUGAAAGAAAGAACAUGGUGGACAUAAAGACAGAGAAAGGUUUGAGAAUAAAAGAAUGGAGAGUGUGUGAGAAAAUUUUAAAACAAGAUACUUUGUAAAAGUUUAAAUUUCAAGAAUUUGUGAAAAUGCACCGAGAAGUAUGAAAUAGAUAUUGAUUAAUUUACCCAUAAUGACAAUGGAAAUGUAUUAUUGGGUAUUUCAAAGCACUUUAUCUAGAAAGGAGAAAAACUGAAAGCCGUUACAAAAUGGGACGCUGAUUUAAAAUGAUGUUUAACUCACCGUUAGGCGUCUGUCACCGGUGAUGCAGGUAGAUAAGUGGCUCAGGCUGUUCAGCUAAACGAUCUAUCUCCCGUGGCUCAGGCUGUCCAGCUAAACGAUCUAUCUCCCGUGGCUCAGGCUGUUCAGCUAAACGAUCUAUCUCCCGUGGCUCAGGCUGUUCAGCUAAACGAUCUAUCUCCCGUGGCUCAGGCUGUUCAGCUAAACGAUCUAUCUCCCGUACAAAAUAACUGGCUCACCGUUCGCCCCUCAAUUUUAUUUCUAGUUACAUAAGACAAAAUAUGUUUGUUUUCCAACGCAAUGAAAAUAUGUACUUAAAAUGAUAUUUAGUUGUUUUUUGUUGUUGUUUUUUUUUUGUUAAAAUGAUAUUUAGCUAUUUGUUAAUUAGAAUGCUUUUUAGUCUAUUAAAGAAUGUCAUAAAUAACUAUUUAGUCUACAUAACAGAACACAAAUUGCUGUUAAACCUCUAAUUACCUCCAUCCACCUCUCUUUGACACGAUUCAAAUUCAAACUAUAAUUAACCCUAAGCCUCCCGUUCUUGUCUUUAACAGAAUUUACACUUGUGAACCCGUGUGUAACUUAGGCUGGUGCUACAAUAUAAGACUUGGGUUGUCUGAGGGCAGGAGCGACCCCACCAUCGCCAUGACUGUGGAGGAACAGACACCCGAUUUUGGCGGGAAUACAUUUACAAGGGUAACACUUUGUUUUCUGUUGAAACAUUGACAGUCAAGAUUGCAUUGACACAUUGACUGUCAAGAUUGCAUUGAGACAUUGACUGUCAAGAUUGCAUUGAGACAUUGACUGUCAAGAUUGCAUUGAGACAUUGACUGUCAAGAUUGCAUGAGACAUUGACGUCAAGGUUGCAUUUAGUCAUUGACAGUCAAGAUUGCCUUGAGACAUUGACGGUCAAGAAUGCAUUGAAACAUUGACUGGAUAAGAUUGUAUUGAAACAUUGACUGGAUAAAAUUGUAUCGAAACAUUGACUGGGUAAGAUUGGAUUGAAACAUUGAAUGUGUAAGAUUGCAUUGAACCAUUGACUGUGUAAGAUUGCUUUGAAAGCGUAAUGAAAAGAUUUUUAACGAUUACAUUAUGUGCAUACUAGUGCUCCCAGAGCCGUUCAGAGCAAAGGCGGCGAUCAGGGUAAAACCUGUAAACGGCGCUCACUAUAGAGACAAAAGUGCCGCCCGAGGCAGAAGAGUAAAAUAACGAUUUUCUGUCACUGGGCUUUGCGUAGUACAUGUCAUUUGUCACUGGUCUAUUGAUAGUACAUGUCAUUUGUCACUAUUCUUUGAGUAGUACAUGUCAUUUUUCACCGGUAUUUUCGUAGUACAUCUCAUUUGUCACUGGUCUUUGUGAAAUACAUGUCAUUUAUCACUGACCCUUGGAAAGUAAAUGUCAUUUAUCACUGGUCUUUGGGAAGUACAUAUCAUUUGUUACUGGAAUUUGGGUAGUACAGGACAUUUAUCUUUGCGUAGUACAUGUCAUUUAUCACCGUUCUUUGGGUAGUACAUGUCAUUUAUCACUGGUUUUUGUGAAUUACAUGACAUUUGUCACUGGUCUUUGGGUAGUGCAUGUGAAUAGUCACUGGUCUUUGUGAAGUACAUGUCAUUUAUCACUAGUCUUUGGAAAGUACAUAUCAGUCGUCCCUUGUCUUUGGGUAGUACAUGUCAUUUAUCACUGUUUUUUUGGUAGUACAUGUCAAUUGUCACUGCUCUUUGUGAAGUGCAUGUCAUUUAUCACUGCUCUUUGGGAAGUACAUGACAUUUGUCACUGGUAUUUGUGAAGUACAAGUCAUUUUUCACCGGUCUUUGGGUAGUACACGUCAAUUGUCACUGGUCUUUGUUAAGUACAUGUCGUUCGUCACUGGUCUUUGGGUAGUACAUGUCAUUCGUCACUUGUCUUUGGGUAGUACAUGUCAUUUAUAACUGGUCUUUGUGAAAUACAUAGCAUUUGUCUAGGUCUUUGUGUAGUUUAAUUCAUUAUAAAGAUCCCAAAUAAAGACGAUGUGGCUCCCGGGUCGAGUGCCCCCCCCCCUUCUCGCGGCCCUGAUUGCAAUUAAUGAAACACCAUCUCAUCCUGUCUGAAACCACUGGUUGCUUCUCCAAGUCAUUUAUACUUCUAAUUCUUAGCGCCAUCCCUCGCCCAGCAUCUGGUUGCUAAAACCAACAAAAACUGAGUGACAAGUGCUGUGAAUUUAAUGUAGGCGUGCCUUUCUCACUGAGUGACCAUGUCUGGCGAUCUGUGUUGAGGAUGCUGCCGAGUUGUCUGUUUAUUUUUAAAAAUGGUCAGCAAAAGCUAAUAUCUUGGUUCUGACUUCAAAGUCAUCCCACUCGACAUUAAUCAUAUGCCAAAUAUAUAUGAUAAACGCAAUGUAUUUUUUAUUUUUAAAUGAAUGAGCAGUUGAAAAAGAUGAAUCUUUCUGAAAAAAAUCUGGUUCACCAAGUUUUGGUUUAAAGGGUAUAUCUUUUCAAUCAUCAUAUUUGUCGCCGCUAAUAAUUUCCUGGCCCGUCAUAACAAAAAUAUGAGGGUCAGUUGCUAGUUGUUUAGUUGGUGGUACUUGACGAGCAUUCUCAUAUGCUGCUUUACAUAGUCUGGGAGUUUUAGAUGUGCUACAUAAGAUAGUCUGGGAGAUUUAGAUGUGCUACAUAAGAUAGUCUGAGAGAUUUAGAUGUGCUACAUCAGAUAGUCUGAGAGAUUUAGAUGUGCUACAUAAGAUAGUCUGAGAGAUUUAGAUGUUCUACAUAAGAUAGUCUGGGAGAUUUAGAUGUGCUACAUAAGAUAGUCUGAGAGAUUUAGAUGUGCUACAUAAGAUAGUCUGGGAGAUUUUGAUGUGCUACAUAAGAUAGUCUGGGAGAUUUAGAUGUGCUACAUAAGAUAGUCUGAGAGAUUUAGAUGUGCUACAUAAGAUAGUCUGUGAGAUUUAGAUGUGCUACAUAAGAUAGUCUGAGAGAUUUAGAUGUGCUACAUAAGAUAGUCUGGUAGUUUUAGAUGUGCUACAUAAGAUAGUCUGGGAGAUUUAGAUGUGCUACAUAAGAUAGUCUGAGAGAUUUUGAUGUGCUACAUAAGAUAGUCUGGGAGAUUUAGAUGUGCUACAUAAGAUAGUCUGGGAGAUUUAGAUGUGCUACAUAAGAUAGUCUGGGAGUUUUAGAUGUGCUACAUAAGAUAGUCUGGGAGAUUUUGAUGUGCUACAUAAGAUAGUCUGUGAGUUUUAGAUGUGCUACAUAAGAUAGUCUGGGAGAUUUAGAUGUGCUACAUAAGAUAGUCUGUGAGAUUUAGAUGUGCUACAUAAGAUAGUCUGGGAGAUUUAGAUGUGCUACAUAAGAUAGUCUGGGAGUUUUAGAUGUGCUAGAUAAGAUAGUCUGGGAGUUUUAGAUGUGCUACAUAAGAUAGUCUGGGAGAUUUAGAUGUGCUACAUAAGAUAGUCUGGGAGAUUUAGAUGUGCUACAUAAGAUAGUCUGGGAGUUUUAGAUGGCCUACAUAAGAUAGUCUGAGAGAUUUAGAUGUGCUACAUAAGAUAGUCUGGGAGAUUUAGAUGUGCUACAUAAGAUAGUCUGGGAGAUUUAGAUGUGCUACAUAAGAUAGUCUGGGAGUUUUAGAUGUGCUACAUAAGAUAGUCUGAGAGAUUUAGAUGUGCUACAUAAGAUUGUCUGGGAGAUUUAGAUGUGCUACAUAAGAUAGUCUGGGAGAUUUAGAUGUGCUACAUAAGAUAGUCUGGGAGAUUUUGAUGUGCUACAUAAGAUAGUCUGUGAGUUUUAGAUGUGCUACAUAAGAUAGUCUGAGAGAUUUAGAUGUGCUACAUCAGAUAGUCUGUGAGAUUUAGAUGUGCUACAUAAGAUAGUCUGGGAGAUUUAGAUGUGCUACAUAAGAUAGUCUGGGAGUUUUAGAUGUGCUAGAUAAGAUAGUCUGGGAGUUUUAGAUGUGCUACAUAAGAUAGUCUGGGAGAUUUAGAUGUGCUACAUAAGAUAGUCUGGGAGAUUUAGAUGUGCUACAUAAGAUAGUCUGGGAGUUUUAGAUGGCCUACAUAAGAUAGUCUGAGAGAUUUAGAUGUGCUACAUAAGAUAGUCUGGGAGAUUUAGAUGUGCUACAUAAGAUAGUCUGGGAGAUUUAGAUGUGCUACAUAAGAUAGUCUGGGAGUUUUAGAUGUGCUACAUAAGAUAGUCUGAGAGAUUUAGAUGUGCUACAUAAGAUUGUCUGGGAGAUUUAGAUGUGCUACAUAAGAUAGUCUGGGAGAUUUAGAUGUGCUACAUAAGAUAGUCUGAGAGAUUUAGAUGUGCUACAUAAGAUAGUCUGAGAGAUUUAGAUGUGCUACAUCAGAUAGUCUGAGAGAUUUAGAUAUGCUACAUAAGAUAGUCUGAGAGAUUUAGAUAUGCUACUUAAGAUAAUCUGGGAGAUUUAGAUAUGCUACAUAAGAUAGUCUGAGAGAUUUAGAUAUGCUACAUCAGAUAGUCUGAGAGAUUUAGAUAUGCUACAUAAGAUAGUCUGAGAGAUUUAGAUGUUCUACAUAAGAUAGUCUGAGAGAUUUAGAUGUGCUACAUAAGAUAGUCUGAGAGAUUUAGAUAUGCUACAUAAGAUAGUCUGAGAGAUUUAGAUAUGCUACAUAAGAUAGUCUGAGAGAUUUAGAUGGUCUACAUAAGAUAGUCUGAGAGAUUUAGAUGUGCUACAUAAGAUAGUCUGAAAGUUUUAGAUGUGCUACAUAAGAUAGUCUGAGAGAUUUAGAUAUGCUACAUAAGAUAGACUGAGAGAUUUAGAUGUGCUACAUAAGAUAGUCUGAGAGAUUUAAAUGUGCUACAUAAGAUAGUCUGAGAGAUUUAGAUGUGCUACAUAAGAAAUUCAGAGAGAUUCUAGAUUUAUUUUUUUUAGUUUUGACUACAUUAUGAAAUGUUCAUAAUCUGUAAGAUUGUUCAGAAUAUUCAGAUUAUUCAGGUUGAUCAGUUUGUUCAGAAAAGUGUGUCAAAUGGGAAAUAGGGUGAACACGCCUCUACUAAUAAUCCAGUUCUCAGUCUUUAUUUUUCCUUCAGUUUUAGGGGUUGCUGAAUAUACCUUCAAUUUCAAUGAAGACAUUAUCCCAUUAAUUGGUAUGUCGUCCUUUCUCCUUGUCAUCCUGAACAUCUUUCAAAACAAAAUAUUUUUUUAAGUAUGUGUGGCUUAAGUGGAUCACACUUAAGUAACACGGGAAUCCGGGAUGCAAGAGUUAUCUUCUCAGUGUCUAAUGUCAAAUGUCAAGAACAGCUGAUUUAAAAUAAUUAUAAUAGUAUUAAUAUGAAAUAAAAACAUUAAUUUGACAAUUUUUUUGCAAAAUUGAGUGCUAGCGUAAUUAAGCAUUAAAACUUUUUUUUAAAAAAACAAAAAAAACAAAAACAUUUAGCCUUGUACAAGGACUAAACUAUUAUGAACCAUAACCCAUCCAUCUAGUUGACGAAAGAACCUUAACACACACAUAUAGGUGGUGAAUGAGCCAUAGCACACACAGAACGGGGGAAGGGGGGUGAAUUAACCACUAAAAAAUACCUCGCCAACAUGUAUCAUUUGUAAACAUAUGUCUUUGCCAGAUGGGCUGUCGCUGUCCCCGUCACCACGUGCCCAACAGGCAGCCACCUGGUGUCCCGCGAGCUGUGAAGACCCACAGUUACAUUCGUAACCCCACUACGAGGCACUACACGGCACGUUAUACCUGUAAGGUGUCCGGAACAGAAGGUAAGGGGCUUUGUACAUCGACUGCGUUUGCCGUGGGUGGGGGGGGUGGCAUGGAUGGGCGAUCCAAUGGAUAUGCUGUGUUAGUGGAUACACUGGAUUAUGUGGAUGACCUAGGGGUCAAUGUUAUCACGGGGUCUUGGGACCUAGGGGUCAAUGGAAUCACGGGGUCUUGGGACCUAGGGGUCAAUAGAAUCACAGGGUUUCGGUACCUAGGGGUCAAUGUUAUCACGGGUCUUUGGACCUAGGAGUCAAUAGAAUCACGGGGUCUCGGGACCUAGGGGUCAAUAGAAUCACGGGGUCUUGUUACCUUGGGUUCAAUGUAAUCAAGAAGAUUUGGGACCUAGGGAUCAAUGGAAUCAUGGGGUCUUGGGACCUAGGGAUCAAUGGAAAGAUUUUGAUUAAUAUAAAAAUGUUUCAAAUGAAUACAUUUGAAAAUGUUCGAAAAUAAUUUUAAACGAUAUUUUGGGGGAUAAGUCACGGUGUUAUUGCCUGAAUAAUGAACGAUUCGAUUGGUGGAAUAAUGAAUGAUUUGAUUGGCUGGAUAAUGAACGAUUCGAUUGGCGGAAUAAUGAAUGAUUUGAUUGGCUGGAUAAUGAACGAUUUGAUUGGUGGAAUAAUGAAUGAUUUGAUUGGCUGGAUAAUGAACGAUUUGAUUGGUGGAAUAAUGAAUGAUUUGAUUGGCUGGAUAAUGAACGAUUCGAUUGGCGGAAUAAUGAAUGAUUUGAUUGGCUGGAUAAUGAACGAUUUGAUUGGUGGAAUAAUGAAUGAUUUGAUUGGCUGGAUAAUGAACGAUUUGAUUGGUGGAAUAAUGAAUGAUUUGAUUGGCUGGAUAAUGAACGAUUCGAUUGGCGGAAUAAUGAAUGAUUUGAUUGGCUGGAUAAUGAACGAUUUGAUUGGUGGAAUAAUGAAUGAUUUGAUUGGCUGGAUAAUGAACGAUUUGAUUGGUGGAAUAAUGAAUGAUUUGAUUGGCUGGAUAAUGAACGAUUCGAUUGGCGGAAUAAUGAAUGAUUUGAUUGGCUGGAUAAUGAACGAUUCGAUUGGCGGAAUAAUGAAUGAUUUGAUUGCCUGAAUAAUGAACGAUUCGAUUGGCGGAAUAAUGAAUGAUUUGAUUGCCUGGAUAAUGAACGAUUCGAUUGGCGGAAUAAUGAAUGAUUUGAUUGCCUGGAUAAUGAACGAUUCGAUUGGCGGAAUAAUGAAUGAUUUGAUUGCCUGGAUAAUGAACGAUUCGAUUGGUGGAAUAAUGAAUGAUUUGAUUGGCUGGAUAAUGAACGAUUCGAUUGGUGGAAUAAUGAAUGAUUUGAUUGGCUGGAUAAUGAACGAUUCGAUUGGUGGAAUAAUGAAUGAUUUGAUUGGCUGGAUAAUGAACGAUUCGAUUGGUGGAAUAAUGAAUGAUUUGAUUGGCUGGAUAAUGAACGAUUCGAUUGGUGGAAUAAUGAAUGAUUUGAUUGGCUGGAUAAUGAACGAUUCGAUUGGUGGAAUAAUGAAUGAUUUGAUUGGCUGGAUAAUGAACGAUUCGAUUGGUGGAAUAAUGAAUGAUUUGAUUGGCUGGAUAAUGAACGAUUCGAUUGGUGGAAUAAUGAAUGAUUUGAUUGGCUGGAUAAUGAACGAUUCGAUUGGCGGAAUAAUGAAUGAUUUGAUUGGCUGGAUAAUGAACGAUUCGAUUGGCGGAAUAAUGAAUGAUUUGAUUGGCUGGAUAAUGAACGAUUUGAUUGGAUGUAAAUAAAUGAACGAUUUGAUUGGCUUGAGAGUUACGAUUAUCAAUAACUUUUAAUUUAUUUCCUCUCUUGUUAAAGAUUUCAUGAAGUCUUUGUAAACCAUCUUGGCUUACUUUUUCCUUUGUACGAAUAAUUAAUUAUUUCACUCAAUUUGCUUUACAAAUUUUGUAAUCGUUUAUCAAUUUGACUAAAGUCUUUACUUUGUAUUGCGUCAUCAGCCGUUUGUGAUUUAUCCGGUAUCCGUUUUUUAUGUAGUAAGAACCUUAACUCUCGAGUGCAGAGUGUGACACUUUUGAAAUUUUCCCACGAUGUCUCCUGAUUUUAUCUCUUGAAAUGGCUUUUUACACUGGCGUAAAUAAGUGCACGGAUUCUAACUGAACUCUGUGUGUGUGUGUGUGUGUGUUUUCGUUAGUUUCUGUGUGCGUGUGUGUGGGUGCGGGGGAGGACUGUCUGUGUGCGGGUGUGCUUAAGUGUCUGUGAGUGUGUGUGUGGGUGGGUGGGAGGACUGUUUGUGUGCGGGUGUGCUUAAGUGUCUGUGAGUGUGUGUGUGGGUGGGUGGGAGGACUGUCUGUGUGCGGGUGUGCUUAAGUGUCUGUGAGUGUGUGUGUGGGUGGGUGGGAGGACUGUUUGUGUGCGGGUGUGCUUAAGUGUCUGUGAGUGUGUGUGAGCAUACGAGCAGGCCUGCACGUUGGUAACAUUUUAAAAAUUAAAAAAAUGCACGGUUAAAUAUUGACCCCGUGGUUUAGGGAAGUUUUUGGUCAAGAAAUGCUUUUUGUUGACAUGGACACUUAUUUAAAAAUAAAACAAUUUUUUUUUUUAAAUUAAAUUUAAUACGUUUAUCAGACUAAUUAUCAUCCUUUUGUUACUGUUCAUGUUUUUAAUUAUUGUGCCGGCUAUCUUCUUGUUGAGAUUUAACAGCCGAUCGAUUUUCGUAUCCUUUGUUUAAUCAAAUAGUUGUAGUACAUUUAGUUAGUUUACUAUAUUGACAAGACGAGAAGUUGCAUACAUUUCCCACUUCGCUUGCAAGCUGCACUGUAGAAAAUAUAAAUAAAAAUACAUCAAAACCUAAUUUCAAAUCAUUUCUAUUCUAUUCAGUUACCAAAUGCUCGCUGAUUAUAUAUUCAUAUUAUAUGCACACACCUUGCACACACCUAUGACCUGUGAUGCACACACCUUGCACAACUGACCUGCACACGCACACAAAGUAAAACAACUUAACAAGCCGGCGAACUGUUUGUUUGCGCCCCCCCCCCCCUCACAUUUUCAAACAAACAGAAAUGAUUUGCCCGCAUUUAGCAAAAUUAAGUAAAUAAACAUCAGCACGUUGCAUAGUUGGUAUCAUCAGACGGCUAACUGAUUCCUUAUUCUACCUCUUUCUGUUAAUGUGACUUUUAUUCUUGACUUUUUAAUCCAGUGUUAAAUCUAUUUCGAGAAACAGUGGUUUGGUAUAGACGUUAUUAUGCCCCGAAUAUUGGAGUAAAAUGAAUAUUUUAAGUCGGAGCAUUAGGAGGUCAUUGGUUAGUAUGUUCUUAUGCUACUGAUACUGUAAGGAUCUCUGAAACAAUAUAUCGCCAGCUCUAUGAUUAAUAUUGGUACCCUGAUUCAAUUUCAACGAUAUGAUAAUAAUUGUGAAAAUAUGUUUUCUUUCAGGAAAUAUGGUAGACCCAUGCCCAAGACAUGUCCCAGUGAAAUAGAAAGGCUGAUCUGGUCAACAGUGCCAUGUACCAUAAGCAGAAGUGAUUUUUAUUACAAGUUAACAAAUAAUUUUAUUGUUUUCAUUGACAAACAAAUAAUAAUCGAAGAUUAUUUUUAAAGAAAAAAUUAAUAAGUUGUGGAUAUUUAUACUUUCUAAUUAAAGCACAAUGAGAAAAUAUAUUUUUAAUAGGAAGUUGUGAUGAUAUUGUGAAAGACUUAUUCAGAACGUUCAUUUAAAUACCAACGCUCCAAACGGAGCCACCUUAUUGCCUUUUGUUACUGUUUAGCCAGAUUUCUUGCCAAAUUUCAUUGUUUUAUUUAGUUUUUAUUAAUACAGAUAAUAAAAAUGAAACUCAGUGCUAAAGUUGCGUUCAAAAUUUUUUAUAUUAAAUCUUACAAUUGUCACAAUUCCGUAUUUGAUUGGUUUCUUGCAACAAUUUCUUGUGCACGAUGGUACGUCGUAACACAGGUGAAUUUCAUAAAGCAAUGUACGCUAUAACCCAGACAAAUAGUUUUCAGGCUGUACAUUGAAUCAAACACAGUUAAAACGCAGCUCGCGAUAAGUAUAACAAAAAAAAAAAUAAUCCACAAAAAUUCACUACAAAGCUCUCUCAACGACUGCUAAACCAAACUGCAUAGGACUAAAUAUCUCAGCGCUUGACUAAAUAUCUCAGCACAUGACUAAAUAUCUCAGCACAUGACCAAAUAUCUCAACACUUGACUAAAUAUCUUAGCAUAUGACUAACUAUCUCAGCACAUGACUAAAUAUCUCAGCACAUGACCAAAUAUCUUAACACUUGACUAAAUAUCUUAGCAUAUGACUAACUAUCUCAGUACAUGACUAAAUAUCUUAGCACAUGACCAAAUAUCUCAACACUUGACUAAAUAUAUCAGCAUAUGACUAACUAUCUCAGCACUUGACUAAAUAUCUCAGCAUAUGACUAACUAUCUCAGCACUUGACUAAAUAUCUCAGCACAUGAAUAAAUAUCUCAACACUUGACUAAAUAUCUCAGCAUAUGACUAAAUAUCUUAGCACGUUCAUACAUAUCUAAGCUCAUGACUAAAUUACCAUAGCACUUGUGUAAAUGCACAAGAACUUGGUGUAAUCUUUCCUAAGACAAACUGAGAAUAUUUUUGGUAUAUUUGAAUUGAUUUUACGUCAUCAAUCUUGCAAACUUGGCUGACAAUAUACAUUCGUCUUGUUGCUUUAUAUAAUGUGUGUCCAAGCCCUACACUAAAUAAACAAAAUGUAUCAUCUGGACUUGGUUGAUACACAUUUCAUAAUUCAUCAAAGAUGUGUUAGUGCUCAUAUGACCUCUGUACUCUCUAAAUCAGUACUUCAGUAGCUGUAUCCUACAUUUUUUUUUUUUAAUGUAUGACAUCACUCUUAUUCCCUCGUUCCUGGUGUAACCGUGGAUUUGGUUUUUGAAUUAAAAACUUUAACUUAAAGGAUGCUACUUCAAAACCAAAGAUAGAUUUUUAUUGCUAGAAAAUAAUAUCAAAAUCAGCGACAUAUUCUAUUGGAAACUUUCUGUUGUUUCUCUAUUUGUUCAACGGGAACCAUAACAAAGUAAUCAACAACAACAAGUCUGUUUAUAUUCAUUUUACAGCGGUUUUAUUCGGAAUUUAUUUUAUUUUUUUUAAAUUAAUUUUAGAAGUUGUGACUUCACAUUUAAAAGUCCUUAACUUAUAAAUUCAAGAAAUUUGACAAAAUUUGUAUAAUUGUAUCUGUUUAGUGGUGUCAGAAAAUUAUGCAAAUUCUACGG